UCAGCCGGGGCUCGUCCCUCCGCCUUCGGCCCAUGGGGGCUCCUCUGAGGGAGUCUUAGGCAGCAGAGUACCUAGAGCGUCCCUCCCGAGGCCGGGUGUUGGCAGGUGAAACCCCUUUUUUGUGAGCAGCUGUGUCGGAGUGGGAGGGAGGGUGUUACUGGGGCUCGGAGGGGGGGAGACAUGGUUAGACUGCCUGGUACCUUGCUAUCAGGAACUUGCUCCUUGCUUUGUUACCUCACGGUGGUACAGAAUCAGUAUUAAGUGCAAUUUUUUUGCAUUCUUAAUCGGGUAGUACUGAUAAUUCUUGAAGGUUUUGCGGUUUACUGUUGAAAGAGACGUUGGUAACUGGUUAGGUUUACUGUAGUCAUGUCAGGAUCAGCCCCAGAGGAGCCUCAGACCUCCAUUCCUCAAAGCACAGCUAGUGUUCCUGAUCCUGCUCCGGUUGCUGUUGGACCUGGAGGCUCAAGUGAAGUUUCCUUUGGUGAGCAAAAUCUUAGCUUCACCACCACGGACGUCAGCCUGGUGGAGAUGAUGGAAAUUGAGUAUACGCAGCUGCAGCACAUACUUUACUCACAUACGGAGGCACAAGCUAGUGAAGGUGAAGUGGAAGCUAGGCUCAAUUCUUUCUCCUCGCCUGGUAAUUCUGCAGACCCCCCCCCCCUGCACCAGACCUCACUGUACACCAGUCAGGAGGGGUGUUCAUCAAACUGCUCUAGGAACCAGUUGGUUUACCCAGUUACCUGUCAGUCAGGGUUACCUUCUGACAGCAGUUCGCUAAGUUCAAACCCACAUUUGGGCUACACUGACUUUCAGGAGCUCAGAAUGAUGUUACUUAGCGAGUCCAACCUCCCUUUGAACCAAACAGAUAAAACACCUAACAGUAGCUCUGUAGAAGUCCCAGGAUGCAGUUUAGUAAAAGUUAAAUAUGGUGAAAAUUUUGCUGGGAUGAAUAAAGAAAACAUACUUGUUGAAAAUUCGGCACUGGCACCAGAGCCUAGAUCUAAAUCUGCAGUCAGAGUUCGGUUGGAAGACAGAUUCAACAGCAUCCAGACAGAGAACCCCAGAUGUCAAGAACCCCAAGAAUCUGGAGUAACUCUUAACAAUUUAGUAACGUUGAUUCGACAGCCAUCAGAACUGAUAGGUGUUCCUCUUCAUCAGCAAGAAAACAAGUGUGCUGCAUUAGGGAAAAAUAAGCCUGCACCUGCCCCGCCUUCUUUACAGUUCACAUACCCGUUAUUUACUAUGAAUGCAUGUUCUACUGCUGGAAGUGCUAAUCCUUCACAAGCACAGGUAGAUAAUACCUCCGGAACGUCUUGCACUGUUUUGGAAGCUGCCAAACAUCAAGACCUUGGGAUACCCAGGACAUUGUCCUUCUGUUAUCAGGAAAUUGAAUCCACAAAACAGACAGUAGAUGUUAUGAAUAAAGCUUUGCCUGAGGAAGUUUGGAUUAAAGUUGGAGAAGAUACCUUAUGCAAGAAAGCGAUAAACAGAAGAAGUUGCAGCCGAAUAAGCCCAUUGGAUCCAAACACAGAUCGCAAACCUCUUGGUGAAAUUCAAAAUAUGCGUGAUGAUAGCCAGAGUACUGCAUCUGCCCAGGGUCGCUGGCAGUCAGCACAGUCAAAUUCAAGUAUGCAGGUGCAAAGUGGUACACAGGAUGGAAUCGCUCAGCGAAGAGAAAGACAUAACCGCAUGGAGAGAGACAGAAGGCGCAGAAUCCGGAUUUGUUGUGAUGAGCUGAAUCUUCUGGUUCCAUUCUGUACUGUUGAUACUGAUAAGGCAACAACUUUACAAUGGACAACUGCGUUUCUGAAGUACAUUCGGGAAAGGCAUGGUGAUUCUCUGAAACAGGAAUUUGAGAGUGUGUUCUGUGGUAAAACAGGCAGGAGACUAAAAAUAGCAAGAUCAGACUCAUUUGUAACAUGCCCAGUGCAGGAAAACACGCAUGGCUAUGGAGACCAAGUAGUCUGAACUGACCACCUUGAAUUGUAUGACAAGUGUGGCUAACAAUGGCCCAAACUAUUUUAUUUUCUCUGUUUACAUGCUGAAUAUGAAUUGCAAAAUAUAACUUGCAAAAAUAGAUAAAUAGAGCUUUAAAGAAAACAUUCUUUAUUCAAAAUGGAAAUGAAAGUUAACUACCAGCAAUAGAAAUCAGUGCUCUGUUGAAGUGGCUUUGGGACCAGAAGCUACAAGAAAAUGUCAUGACAGCUAAGUAUUUUUUCCCCUUUAGUUAUAAAAAAAUCUGUUCUUUUUCUGUUUGUCGUUCUGCUUUGGGGUUUUUUUUUUGUUGUGCUGUUUUUGUUUGGGUUUUUUUUGUUUGUUUCCAAAGAUGAUCCAGUACAGUUAGGAAUAGUUGUAGAACAUCAGUCUGUCCUGUUACAUUAAUGACUAGAUGCAAAUGUACUCUUCAAGUGUAAAAAGAAAUUACAGUUACCAUAUUAUAAUGCCCAUUUUUUCCAUUAAAAAUUUAAAGGUUAUAUUAGUUAAUUGAGUAAGUGCAUAGUUUCUAAACUGUGCUGAUAUUAUGUUUACAUUUGCCAUACAUAUUUCAACAUACUUGUCCCCAAAGAGGAAUACUAUGGUGUUAGCACUUUUUUUUAAAUACAGUACUAUUGUUAAUGCCUAGCACACAACUGUCCAACAGGUUCUUGUAUUGUUACUUCAGUCUAAGACUGGCAUAUUGUAAACAGAUUAUUUAAAUGCACAAACUAUUUUCCUAUUUAAAGAUAAAUAUGACUCCUUUGUUCAUAGGCUUUAGCAUAUAGGGCAGAAAUAGUGUGUGAGCUGAGAAUGGUUUUAAUAAUUUUUUAAAAUAGAUGAUGCUAGCAGGUUUUAAAGUAUAAAAAGGUCUCCCAAAAUAAAUACUGUUUUAAAUCACGGAUAUGGACAAUUUUGCAGCCGUUUUAUUUCCAAACAAUCCUAGUACAACCAGUUCUGGAAAAUGGAGUUCAGCUGAGUUAAUUUGAUGUGUAUAAUAACACUUACGACAUCACAAAGAAAAGGUUAAAAAAAAAAUCUCCUUUUAUUUUUACAACAGUUCAUACAGGUGUUUUUGGCUGGACUUUAGAAGAGUAUCCUUUCUUAUUUGGGGUUUCAUUCACAAUUACUGUGCAAAUAGCUUAAGUAGAGGUCAUGAAAAUGCUGUUACUUAAUUUCCUUUAUUAUCAUAUGGAAAUAUACAAAAAUUCUCCCCUGUAUAUUAAAAUAUAUACAUUACACCUUUUGCAGAAUUUGAUUGCAAGAGGAUUACUAUUUACUAGUCUUGGCAAAUAUUUGAGGCGCAAUCUGAAAAUUGGCAACUGACAGCAUUGUACAUAAGCUAUGGUCUUUUCUUAGGCCAGAAUCUUAAGAUAUUAAAGUACAGGAUAUUUAAAUGCCUAAUUUCCACUGAUGGAAGUAGCAGUUAGGUGCCUGAAUAUCUUAACAACAUAUAUCUUAGUGCACAAACCUGCAUAACUGAAGUCAGUGGGAGCAGCACCAAGGAAUUCAACUGGCAAGGCUCAAAUGUUUAUACAGAAAAGUUGUGAUCUUUAGUACACGGUUGGGGGGGGUGAUGGUAAAAAGGAACAAUGCUUCCUCUUGCAGGUCUCUUGAACAAAGGGAGAAAGAGAAGGUAAGGUUGUUUAGUAGUAAAAAUUCUGGAAAAUAAUUGGGGGGAGGAGAAAAUACUCAUAAAGCAUCUUUUAAUUAAAGUUUUCAUCUGAUGCUUUCUUUUUCAUAGAACUGUGUCAAAGUCUCCACUUAAUACAAUAGAAGGAACAUCUGUCCAUUUAUCACUAGGAGGAGGAUUCUGUCUGUUCUCUUACAAUGCACUGUUUAUUUAAAUAUUCAGUCACUUCUCCACUUCUUGUACUGUUUUAUGAUUUUUUGGAAAUUGAUGCUCCAACAGCUCCCAUGCAAGCCGACGUGUCACAUAUUCCUGGAGUUCCCUGAGCCCCAAUAGCACCAGGAGUACCAGGAUCCCCUGGAAGACCAGGUUCACCCUGAGCACCGUCACGACCAUUUUUAGUAAUUCCAGGUACACCAGGUAGUCCUAAAGAAGAAGGGGAAAAAGAUUACAUGUAUUAUUUCCUUCCCUUUUUUUUUUUUUUCUAAAUAUAUGUGUACAUAUAUGUGUUACUUUUAGAGUUCUUAAAAUACUGGAGUUGUCUGUACAUCAGACUGCUUGUGGCCUGUUGAGUACAAGGUGUUGAAUAAAUUUAGCCUGAAUCUGGAGUAUGUGCGCUGGAUUUUUUAGAGUACCUUUGCCUUUACUGGAAUUACCUUGGUAUAGUUGAAGGAGGAUGUUUAGUAUUGUGCUUUUCUUACCACAUGUGUCUGGUUUGACUUUUGCUGACCGCUGUAGAACUGGAUUCCAUCUCAGUACUGCCUCAGUUAGUGUAUGACUCCAUGAAUAACAAGAAGUAAUUUGUAACCAGAAUUAUUUUAUGUCAUCCCUGAAUAGUUUGCUCAAGGCAUGUCCUGGAUGUGUGAGCUCACAGCUUACUUAUUGUGACAACAGGAGUGCUUACAACUGUCCCGCCUUAGUGGGAGGCUGUGGCCUUCAGCUGCUUCAAUUCAUUGCACCUCCCUAAGUCUAGUUGUAAUUGAGAUUCUGAGUAAGGGGAGUAGUGAGAAUGAUGAUACAGAACAUCUCCCUGACAUUACAGAUAAGGGGUUUCCUUUAUACCUGUGUCCAAUUUCAAAAAUUUGCUCACAAUGAAAUACAUAUUUUGUUUAUUGGCAAAAAUAAUUUCUGCUAUUAUGUUUCUUUUUUCCUUCAGAUGCCAAAAAUAACCACAAAACACUAAUUUCUGUAACAGCAAGCUGCUGAAGCUUUCUGAAAUACUGUACAAUAUGAUUCUGUCUCCCUGAGGGACAGCUAUAUCAGGUGGUCUAUAAGCCUGCAUUUCUGUCUUAAUUAUGAUAGAGAGAGAGAUGGUGCCUGAUCCUUUUUAUUCAUGUAAGUGAUGAAGUGCAUCUACUGUUGAUCUCCUCACAUUUCAUGAGUAGGACAAAUGCUCUCAAUAUCUAGUAUGUGAAACAUAGCCUCUUUUUAUGUGCUUUGGAAAAGAUGACAUUUAUGGAUUAAUGCAAUUAGAUUCUUCCAUAAAAUAAGACAACUGGGUAUAAAUAUUCUCAGUUUAUGAAAUUACAUGGAUGCAGAGCCUGCUUUUGAUGCCUGUAGCUUAUACAUUGUACAGAUGUAAUCACAAUGAGAAAAGCUGCUUUAACAGGUGAGCAAAAUAAAAGAAUAUUCUUCCAA